UUGUCUCCCACAUUUCAUCUUCUUAGCUCAUUUAUACUCUCCCAAAUCCGUAUACAUAUACUCUCGAACUCGAUUCUCCAUUUUUUCUGACUGAAUUCAAAAACCCUAAAUCUCACCGCAGAACAGGAACUUUCAGAGAUGAUGAGAGUUUUCGGUGUUAAGAAAGACAAACAAGCUUCAAUUCAAGACACUUCCGAUCGGAUCAAUAAAAGAGGUGAGACGGUGGAUGAGAAAAUAAAGAAGCUGGAUACUGAACUUGCAAGGUGCAGAGAACAGAUAAAGAAGACCCGUCCGGGUCCUGCACAAGAGGUUAUCAAGGCUCGAGCAAUGAGGAUUCUCAAGCAAAAGAGGGUGUAUGAAGGUCAACGUGAUAUGCUGUACAAUCAGACAUGCAGCCUAGACCAAGUUGCAUUUGCUUCCCAGGAGACCAAAGAUGCUAAAAAAAAUCACUCCAUGGGGCAUAACUCACGGCUUGUCAGCCGAAGCUUGUUUGGAACCUGCUGCCUACCCCCAUAGCGGUAGGAGACUAGGAUGACAUCUCAUUUGUUUCAGGUGAGGGAUUUCGUAUUUACUUGACCUGGAGUUUCAUGUAGAGCCAAGAAGUCUCAAUUUAGAUUUGGAGGCUUCAUUGGGCCAUUAGUUUCAUUCUAUCAGAAGCAGACGUGUAGACCUUCAAUCUGGCAAGCAACCUGAUCUGGAAUCUGAACUUAACUUGCCAGCCCAGCUGCACCUAUGGUCGGUCAAGCAUCAGCAAAAACCCCGGCUGAAGAUGAACUAGGAUUGCCCCCUGUCCCCCCAAGCAUCAAUCCGUGGCUUCUAAGGAAUCUUGUUUCGGGAUGUAAAAUGCUGUGCAGACAGUAUAAGUUUUGCUUGCUAUUUUGUUCUUCCAGAUGUAGAUGGUUGUCGAUCUGUUGUAAUAAUGCACAUUAUUGACAGUGUAGAUAUGAUAAUAUAAAGACUUGCAAAGAUUGUUAGCA